UUCCCACCCCACAAGAGAGAUCUCCUUUGACCCAGCCCAGGCAUUCGAAACUCCAAGAUACUCUUUGGUAUAGUUCACGAGAGUGGACUGACUAUGACAAGCCGAUAGACAUGGCAGGAGUGGAAAUUGCGGGUGUUGUCCUUGGGGCGAUUCCUUUGGUGAUAGAAGGUCUGAAAGCGUACCAGAAGAGUAUCAAGAGUAUCAAGCGAUCAGUCAAGUACGAUAGCUCACUCAAAAAGCUCAUAAGAGGGGUGACGGAACAGAAGAUUUGGCUGGAGGACAACCUCGAUAAAUUGCUUCUUGCGGCGUGCAAUGCCUCGGGUAUCAACAUCUCCGUCGGGAGCGAUCACUGGUCGGAGAUUUUGACGGGGAACAGUGGGCAGGCGGUGCAAAAAUAUCUUGGGAAUACAAAGCAAGCCCAGUUCAAGGAGUUGAUGGAGGAUUUCGAGUCCACACUUCUCGAUAUCGCCAACGCGCUCCACGCCGUCCAAAGGUCUCGAAAAAAAGAGUCUUCCUUGGUGCGGCUGACCCGUAUAGAUAUAAGAAAGCUUGCUCUGUCGGAGGAUCUUGAUGGAAAACUUGUAUCGAAACGAGUCUGGUAUCUGAUUGAAGAACCCACUAUAAAAUCGCUAACCAAAGAACUCCACGAACUUAAUUCGCAAAUGAGUAGAAUCCUUACGGACAACAAGGAGCUCCAAGAACUAAAGAAUAUUCAAGUAUCGAAGAUCAUUCCGGACGAGAGAAAAGCGAGCGCUAUGGCCUCACUCCUGCGACAGGUCCGCUCCUACACUGACAGGCUCUUUGAGGCCUUCUGUAAAGCAUGGGUAUUGAGCUGCCAUCCGUCCCACAAUGUCGCACUGUUUCUUGAUACCCCAAAAUUCUCUACUACAGGCUGGCCCAGUUGCGGGAUCAGCUCCUUCAACUUCCGCACGCUGCUCAAUGAUUGGCCAAAAGACGUAAAACUAUCACCGGCGUGGCAUGAAGUGGGUGUGACUGUGAUGGAGGGCGAUAUAUCCCAGAAGAUCCACUCAAGUCCCGCUACAUCACAAAGCAGUAAUACACAAAUACCACCAUCAAUCACCGUCAGCACGCCGGGUCCUAGUAUUCCCCAAGACACGCUCGACCAGGUCAAAAACCUGUGCAUAGAACUGGAUCGCGCCAAAAGUGCGCAAAGAUCUCUUGACCUGUUCUUACGAUGCGGCCACCCGACGCUCUGUUACGAUCUGAGCACAUGUCAACAAAAACCGUCCCCAACCACCUGGGACACCAUCAGUCUAGAAGAGCUCCUCUCUUCCCAGAAACGAAUCCUCCCGCGCCAAAAAGUCCGUCUAGCCCUCAAACUAGCAGCAUCUCUCCUCCAACUCAAAACCUCGCAAUGGCUCUGUACAGCAUGGUCUAAUCGUGCCAUCUACUUCCCCAAGACAACGCUGCAAGCAGCCCACCAAACACACCGUAUCGAAAUCGAGCAACCUCUGAUCCUCUACACCUUUGAAAGCGCAGCAGCGGCCGCACAAAGCAUCCCUAACGAAGCAAAACCGCGACUCAUGUUCCUCGAGCUGGGCAUCUUACUCAUGGAGAUCUUCAACGAAGAGCCCAUUAGCACUUUUGCGCAGCGCGAACAGGGCAUCGAGCCGGCCAUGUUUCAUCCUAAGAUGCGUGAAGGUGUCGCAAGGGAUUGGUUCGACGAGACAAGCGAGCAGAUGACGGAUCAGUAUGCGAAGGUCGUCGAGACAUGUUUGAGUUUUGCAUUGGAGCGUGCUCAACCUGGGGCGCAGACGUGGGAUGAUGGGGAUUUGUGGAAGUCGGUCUGUGCAAAGAUUAUUGGUCCGUUGAAUCAGGAGUGUGGGACUUUUAGGAGUGCGUAG